UGUUGCCAGGAUCCGCGACAAAUCACGAGAUCUUCGCGGAGGAUUAGCAAGCAAUGAAUAGCAAUCAACUUAUCAAAGGCUGGCGAUUCACUCGGCCGUUAUCAGCCUCACACCGGGGUGUGGCACACGGGACGGGCUGCCCACUAUGGGUUCACAUAAAGUUCCCCUUUCCCAAUCCGGCAGCCGCAGAAGCCGCAGGUGCCACUGCCGGGCCAGACCCAUCUGCUGCUCCUGUCGCCAGCGCCGCUCCAAGCCAGGCAUUUCUCCUGCUGCGACCAUGCCUCGGCUUUCCCUCCUGCUCUCGCCGGCCGCGGCUCGCUUCCUGGUGCUGCUGCUGGGCGUUUGCACCUCCGAGGCGGGCCUCUACUUCCAGGAAGGGCAAAGUUGCCACAAGCCGCUGCUGGAGAAGCCCCCCGAGGUCAGAACCUACCCUCGUCCUCAUGAAUAUCUGGACCUCUCUGAACUGCCCCAGAGCUGGGACUGGCGAAAUGUAGAUGGUGUCAAUUACGUGAGCACCACACGCAACCAACACAUCCCUCAGUACUGCGGGUCCUGUUGGGCUCAAGGCAGCACUAGCGCCAUGGCAGACCGCAUCAAUAUAAAGAGGAAAGGUGCUUGGCCUUCUGCUUACCUCUCCGUUCAGCAUGUUCUUGACUGUGCUCAUGCUGGCACCUGUCAUGGAGGAAGCCACAGGCAAGUAUGGAAGUAUGCUCAUGACCAUGGCAUCCCAGAUGAGACUUGCAACAAUUACCAAGCUAAAGAUCAAAAGUGCAAGAAGUUUAACCAGUGUGGAACAUGUGCUACAUUUGAUGUAUGUUACCCAAUAAAAAACUACACCCUCUGGAAAGUUGGUGAUCAUGGGCAUAUCCGUGGGCGAGAACAAAUGAUGGCAGAAAUCUACAUAAAUGGUCCAAUCAGUUGUGAGAUCAUGGCCACUCCAAAGUUGGAAAACUACACAGGAGGACUUUAUACAGAAUACCACCCUCGGUCCAUCUCAAACCACAUAAUCUCCGUUGCAGGCUGGGGGGUAGAAGAUGGAACGGAAUACUGGAUCGUUCGGAACUCUUGGGGCGAGCCCUGGGGUGAGCGUGGCUGGCUUCGAAUUGUGACGAGCACAUAUAAAGACGGAAAAGGAGGAGACUACAAUCUGGGUAUUGAAAAUGGGUGUGCCUAUGGAGACGUCAUACUUCCUUGAAUCUACAGUGGGGCUUUGUUUGUGCUCCUGCAUUUGAAAUGAAAGGGAUCUUCCAGCAAGACUUCAUCUUUCGAAAGGAAAGGCUAGCUUUCUGGCAGUGCAUGUUAAUCCGUAGUGUAUAAAACAUUAGGAUAAACAAGACUGCUAAUUUAGUAAGCAUUUGGAUUCUAGCCCACAAUUAACAUCCCAAAUGAAAUACCGGUAUUGAUUGCACAGAAAGAAUGAGUACACACCUAUUUUGUUUUCUCUUUGGAUGCGUUCAUCUGUUAUGAUAGAAUAUCAUAUCUACCCGAAUAGAAGCUGACCCUUUAAAAAUAUAUAGGUUAAAUAAAGGUUCUACCUGUAUUUGCCUGAAAGUAAGAGGACUCUGAAUUUAAGAUGACACCCUGAUUUCUAACAUCAAAGAACCUGGAAAAUACCUAGAGGUCAUUCACACAAAUGAAAACUGUAUUCUAUCCAGGUUUAGGAGCUGUGUGUGCUCCCAAUUUUUGUUUGUGCAGAAGUAAGCUAAGAGGAAAACUUGGGUAGAAGUGAUUGUGUGGUAGCAAGGUAGGAGGAAAAGCUACCAAGGAUUUCCUUCCUACCUUGCUUCCAUACAAUCACAACUACCCAGGUUUUCCUCCUACCUUGAACCCACAGAACGAAAAAUUGGGAGCACACGCAGCUCCCAAACCUGGUUAGAACACAGUUUUUGCUUGUGUGAAUGACCUCCUAGUCUUGGAUUCAGGUAAAUAUGGUAUAUAAACAUCAGGGGCGUAGCAAGGUUGGAGUGGGCCCAGAGACAAGAUUUUAAAAUGCGCCCCCGCCCCCCGAAGCUCAGCUCAUGAUGUAAAGAAAUCUUAAAUGAGGCUGAAUAGUGGCAACAAAAAGCAUAGGAGAUAUAUAUAUAUAUAUUUGAUCUAUAUAUAUAUAACCUAUGCUCCUAAAAAGCAUAGUUAGGAGAUAUAUAUAUAACCUAUGUGCCACAAUAGAACAUAGAACAUCAUCCUAGAUUAUUUUUUUAAAGGUUUUGUAAUUUGUGGACGAUGCAAGUCAUUUAAUGGCACUAGAGAAAGAUUGUUCUGGUAGCUGUUCUGGUAGCUCCAGGUCUUAACACUCACAUCAGUUUCGGAGGAUGAAUACAACUGAAGGAAGCCCGGGUGGGUGUGCGGCUGGGGGAGUCAGUCAUGUGACUUGCCUCUGGGGGGCCCCCCAAGGCAGUGGGCCCCCAGACAACUGUCUCCCCUUGCCCUGUUAUAGUUACGCCCCUGAUAAACAUGAAGUUGUUGAUUGUUAUUCGCACAGGACUGAAUUGGAUUUAUAGGUUUAUCUCACAUUUCAAAGCUCAACUGUGAGUGAGCUAAAAAGGAUUUUGUUAUCAGCUAUUACUGUGGAUUGCCACUGUGCUGUCUUAUUUACAUGGCAUUGUUACAGACUGGACUUACAUUUCAGAGCUUAUUGAUCUCCUUGUUUACAUUUUGUGUUCUUUUCCUGCACCUAUUUAUGUGUUGCUGUGAGGAUAAACACAACCAUGUUUAUGAAUGUGGAAAGAUUCAGGAAGAUUCCUCUUCCUUGGAAGAAGAGGGGGUAUACAUGUAAAAAUAAAAUAU